GAGAGAUGGCUAACAGCAAGCUAAAGCAUAGCGGCUCGGUAGGUCCUGUUGACUAGCGUUAGUAUCGCGUCCACAGAAAGGAUUUAUUCACUGAAAACAUACAGCAGAUCAAAACGCUGCGAAACAACACUCCUUUAAGAGGGGGAUCGUCUCAGUUGUCAGUUUAUGGUUGCUUCAGGCUUCUCUUCUUUGAGGAAUGAACCCUGGACGUCAGGUGGCGAUGGAUGUGUACUCCACUGUGUAAUUGCAGCCUCUGAAUUUGGGACCUGCCUCCAGAUGACCAGUGGACCUCACCACUCAACAUGAAGCCUGUCAGCUAUCAAAGCAUGCCGUCGUCUGUGAGCGCCGCACAUCCGGCUUUGGAUCGCGUGUUAAGCACUUCAAACGUGAUGUAUUGUGAGAAAUGUGGAUUUGCUACACCAGAUCCUGCAGUGUUCAAGAAGCAUAUGAUUGAGCAUACGGGGACAAGGUUUUACUGCUUUUAUUGCAACAAUGUCUCAUUCAGUGAGGCAGAGUUAAAUGCUCACCUGAAGCAACACACUGCAAAGUAUCCGUUCAAAUGUCCUCACUGUGGACAGGGCUACAUGAGGAGGCUGUGCCUUGUGAAGCACAUUGAGCGCUUACAUAGUAAAGGCAUGAGUUAUGGACCUGCUAAACCUGGCAUGACAAAAAUUCCACAUGUUCCUGUCUCCAGUGCCUUACCAAGUGUGCCCACUGCUGAUCCAUCAUCACUUCGACCAGUUGUUCGUGUGACAGUACCCACCCCGAGUGCACCUGCAUUCAGACUGAGUAAAGAUGACCACAGGGAGAAAACACUGGACACAAAUGUAUCAAAUGCCACCAAUGGUAAUGUAGAACUUUUGUCCCCUUUGAAUGGACUCAUUCAGCACAACCGGGCUUUGACGGUCUCUCUUCCAGAGGAAGUGACAAUCCCUGCUGGCUGCUUGGUUGAACUUGUUGAGGUGAAAACUGUCAAUGGGACAAAGGAGCUAAAGCUGAGGCUCGUCUCUCAACAAGAAAACGAGUCUGUGAUUAAAGACACAAGAACCACAGUCUCUCAAAGCACUACACUGGGAAAGCAACUGUCGUCCACAUUAAAUCAUCCAAACACAAGUUUAGGGAUGUGCACAAUUAACAGGAAACAGUAUGAAACAAAGACAGUGAAUGUGGAGCAUCCUGCCGUUGUCCCGGUCAGUAUUUCCCAAAACCUCCCUAAUCAAAUCAGCAAAGAGAAGAGUGGAUUGAAAAGAACAUCACAAGAAAUAAUCAACUUGGAAUGUCACACUGUCCUGCCCAACAAGGUUCCCAAAACUAUCCUCAAUCCUGUAAGAGAAGGAAAUAUUGGAAUCAAAGUUACACCGAGAGAACCUGUGAACCAUAAUGCUGCUCCGCCCACUGUUGCCUCCAGUAGGGUUGCCAACAGAUUGACUAGCAUCCUGCAUCCAGAAAACAUGGGAACAUGUGUUUCUCAGAGAGUAGUGGAUGAGAGGAAGAAUUUAAUUCCAGAGCAUUCCAAGAGUAUCCCACCCAGGAGGGCAAAUGACAUAAAAAGCAUUCCUCGAGACGUGUCGUUGGCUGUGAAGCUGGAACCUGGGCAGAACCGCCUCAAGAACAACACUGCUUCAGAAAUAAAGACAGAAGCAUCAGGCUCCAACCAGCAAAGUCUGAAAUCAGCUUCUCCUUCCUUGAGUGUUCCCUUAGCUGCAGCUGCCCAGGUGAGACCUCCAGCGAUAUCAGUUUGUAAGGAUAAUGUCGCAAAGCCAUCUUUUUCCGUAGCCAGGAGUCAGCAUCAGCUCCCGUCAUUCAAAACGGCAGUGCUUUCUAAUGGCACAAAGAGCUCGGCUUGGGACCAGGAAGUCAAAGCCAGUGAGAGAGCCAUGGAGCGAGAUGUGCCAGAACCUGAGGGUUUUCCAGUCAUCUCCUCUGUGUUUUCAUUAAGUCAGCAACCAGAGGACGUGCAAGGCUCCAUUCAACCACUGGUAAUGGCUCUGCGUGGGAUAGUGAUGGAUAAAAGUCACAGCUCUGGUAGUCCAACUCCAGAUCACAUCAAGAUAAACAGCACUGAGCAGGUGAAGGAGGUGGCAACAUCAAAAUUCUGUGCUCAGGUGGCCACAAAAGAUGAACCCAUCACCCAUGACCUUUUGCUGACAGAGCAGACCAGUGAGUCUGUAAAAGUAGAGCAGCACCAUAAGGGUAUUCAGCACUCUUCUGCACUGACACUCAACCAUACCGAUGUCAAGGAGGAUAGAAAUUGCCCCCAGCCAAUAGACAAUAACAAAUGCAGUCACACACCUGAUUUAAAAUCUUCAACAGACAAGGAAUCUGAUUCUAAAAUUGGCGCAGAUGUAGAUGCAUGUGGGACUGCAGACCCACUGCAGCAAAUGGCAAAAAGUGAACAUGACAUCUCCUCAAAGUUCCUGACGGUCUCUCUGAAAAGGGUACAACUAGGCGUGUGGAAAAAAAACAAGAAGGGACUGAAACUUAGAAUAUCUAAAUAUAAGACACAGUUACCUAUGAGCAGUGUGACUGAUUGCACAGUUAUUUACCCGAUGCCGUUGAAGGUGGACCAACUGGUGAAACGACCGGGCCCGAACCAGCCUGUGGUGGUGCUCAAUCAUCCAAAGCCCCGGGCCUCCUUACAGGGAGCGAGACCAGACACUUUAGCAGACACUGGAGCCCCUGAGGUGGUUCCAAAUUGCCAAAUCUUAAAAAUGAGGCUGAGCAAAGUCAUGGGGCAGAAGUAUGAAGUGAUGGGGUGCACUGUUGGAGUCUUUCCAUGAAUUUAUCAGAUGAUGUAUCAAUGGACAGCUGUGUACAUUUAUGAGGAAAUAACUAGUAUUACAAGCUGUUGACUUAAAACAAAGAAAAUAUUGGGGCAGUUAUUUUCUUUAUGGGAGCGUAUGAUUAAAAAAUGGACAUCUUGGUAUCACUGAGCAUUGUUAUUAUAUGAAUGUUGUUUAUAUAGGCAUGGGAUAUGGACUAUUCAAGUGCAAUGCAGUUCGGCUGCUUUGAGUCUGAAAUAUGGACCAUCUGCUGGAGUAGAUUGCAGUCAGUGUACACAGAUGUAAAGUACUGUUUCAGAAAUUGAGAAACCGGUAGAUCUGUCAGAGUUGAGGCAUAAAUGCAUGCUGUUUACUUAAAAAUGAUAACAUACUGUAUUUAUUUUUUGUUUGCAUCAGUAAUGGUUUACUGUUCGUCUGGCCCCUCUAAGAUACAACCUGAAUUAGAGGCAGUACACCUGGGAUGAUCAAGUGUUUGUGUGCUAACCCACUCAGAAUAUAAACAAUGCCAUGAAGAUGCAGAACAUGGACAGCUCCCAGUUUCACUGAUGGAGAAAUCAGCGGAGGACACUAAGUAGUGAUGAAAAUAUUUGGUUUGUGAUGAUGUUCAUGUAAGAUGAUUUUGUGUGGGUCAAACUUCACACGCAAUAUGUAGCACAAAAAUUCUACAAUGAAAAAUGUCUUAUUCAAGGAUGAUUCCCCAGUUUCCUGUUGUUAAUAAUGAGAGUAACAGAACAGGAUCCCCCCUUUCGUCUUUUGUUGUGACAGUGGCUACGUGUAUAGAUGCAGCCUUCCGGUUCAGGAGCUACAUCCAAAAAGUCAAUAUUUCAACUCUGAUAACCUAAUUGGUCAGCAAAGCUUUCACCAUUUCAGAAGCUCCUCCAAAUUAGGCCUGAGAAGGGCAGCUUUCCCAGAGAUUGCAGCCAGUGUCAUAUGUCCAGCACUUUUGUCCUUGGUGUGUCAGUCGGUAAUGAAGUGGUGCAUUCAGGUACUCUUUGCAAACUCUUAAAUAUGAGAAAUAUUGCAUGACCAUGUCAUAUUUAUCAAAUGGUCAUCGGUCACUUUUAAUUCGUAUGUACUGUACUGGACCAGCGAAAAAGGUGUAAAUAAUGCGAGCUAGGCAUACACACCACUGUUUGUUCUUGGUAUUGCUGUGGAUAUGUUUCAUAUCACAGGGUGUUGCAGAGAAUUUGAAGCUUAUGUUUGCCAGAUGUCUUACAUGUGCUGUGUUGUGUGAAAUAAACUGUAAAUUUGGGCAUUAUUGUAUGGAAUGUGCCUGACCUUCCCACCAGUAUUUACCACUUUGACAGCCAUUCUUGGUGAUUAACUUGAAUGUUUUUCAACUUUACCAGUUGAGGAGGAGUGCCUGAAUGCACCGUUAGUUUUGGUUUCAGCGAGGUUAAGGCUUAAAGCUAACAUUUUGAGUAUUCCUAAUAGCCCCCAGUACAGAUUGAUAUGGAAGGUGUAUUUAACCUGGAUUUGAGGAUCAUUUUAGCAUUUUUAAUGUCUAAUUAAUCACAGAUAUUUUGUGAAAUUAACUUUUUUAGGUUACAGUCUCGGAAAUAAGUGUUAAUGCCUAAAAAUCAUCUUGGAUUUUUGUACUCCUUGUGCUUUAUGGUUUUGUUUCCUUGAUGUCACAACUUCAAUACAUAGCCUCUUUGCAGAAGAAGCUGGAGCUUAAACUGCAAAAUGGAGUGGAUAAAAGCAGUCAAAAAUGGUUCAUUACUGUAAAAGAAAGCCACAUACUUUAAAUUAUUUUUAAUAUUUUCUAAUUAUUUUUAUCUUACCGCCAUGUUCAUACUCAGUGACUGUAGUAAUUCUGGAGCCCUUGAAAACCUGUUAAAACUUGUAUAUUUUUCAAAAUAUGUCAAAACAAGCAAUCUUGUUCCAAAUACUUUUCAGAGCUGUUUUCUUACGACAGCAUUGCAACACCUGUGUGUUCUUGUUUAUAAUGUAAUCAUAAUGUAUGAGGUGCUAGACCUACAAUGGCAUUUAUAGGUUUUGGUCACCCACAGGUGUUAUUGUGUAUAUACCUAUAGAUACAAAACGUGAUAACUGGUGUUCAUACUCAGUAGGGAAUGGUAAACAUUCCUUAGCCUCUUCUGCAACAGCAGUUAUGUUGUGCUUCAUCCUCCACACUCUGCAGUGUCUCGAGCUGCUGUGCAGUCUUUGUUAUAUAUAAUUACUUUAAAGGUGUUUAAGGGUGUGACAGUUCCAUCUGAAUGUUUUGCUUUGCCUUUCAUUCAUUUGUUUGUGCGAGAAUUCGUCAUGUUACAGUUCCUAGUUUUUGGUUCUCUUCAUACUCAGUGGUCAUUACCGUGUUUCAUGCUUUUAUAAUAAUUGUGUAACUCCACUUUUUUCUAUUAAAACAAAGUAAAUG